AUGUCUAAAUUUCCGUCGAUGAUGACGGCCGCGCCGCGCCCUCCUUCCAGUGAAAGACAUGAAAUUCUCCCCCGACGGAAAAUUCGCAUGAUACGCAGCUCCAGACUUGAGUUGCUUUAUAACAACGUCGAGAGACAUGACUCGGACUGCUCGAUUGUUCACCCUCAAUUCGUUGGAAGCCUUCCGACCGAAGACAUCUGCUGGGCACAGGGGCGCAGUACUUCUCCAGCGAUGACAUAUUCAGUCAGUCGCAAUGGCGGCUGUUUUCAUUGGGAAGAAAAAAGAUUCAGAGUCAAAAAGGAGCUUAUCGCAUCGACCUUGCAAGGCACUGGAAGCAAUAUCAUCGCCAACACACGAUGGGGCGUCUACAAGCGUCAUUGCUUCAACCAAGCUAACACAAAAAGUCGUAUGCACCACAUCACACGCAUACCCAUUGUUGGAUUUCCGACCGGUGUCUAUGACCAUUGGGAAAUGUCGGCGUUCUCCAACGUGCAUGUCUCAGGCGAGGAAUUUUUUUUUUUGGGUGCAAAAAAGCUCGGGCAGUUGCUUGUUCGGGAAUGGCAGUCCGAGUUGUAUAUCCCUCAAGCAACAGGGCCAUUUCCACGACAUGAACACCCUCGCCUAUGCUCCCGAUGGUCGAUGGCAAAAUCGAAGUCUGGUCCACACAUUUUGGCUUCUGCUUUAUCACCUUGA